UCUUUUGUCUGAUUGCUUUUUCUUUUCCUUCUUGGAGUAAAUUAUUCCUUAUCUAUCCAAAUUUGUCUUCUUGAAUGACUUUUUGAAGCAAAUCUCGACAAAACUAGCUCUCAAAAGGGGUUUUGGGAGUUUUCUUUCAUUUCUCAGAUUUUUCACAUUUUCUUGGAAGUAAAGUAAAUGGUGAGAGGAAAGAUCGAGAUCAAGAAGAUCGAGAACGUGACAAGCAGACAAGUCACAUUUUCAAAGCGAAGGAGUGGUCUCUUUAAGAAGGCUCAUGAGCUUUCUGUUCUAUGUGAUGCUCAAGUCGCAGCUAUGAUCUUCUCUCAGAAAGGAAGAUCAUAUGAAUUCGCAAGCUCCGAUAUCCAGAAGACAAUCAAGCGAUACGUUGAAUAUAAGAGAGAAUGCUUUGGUGCAGAAACUCACCCCAUAGAGCAAUACGUGCAGGGACUAAAGAAGGAAACGGUGACAAUGGUGAAAAAGAUUGAAGUUCUUGAAGUUCAUAACCGGAAGCUGAUGGGGCAAGGUUUGGCGUUUUGUUCGGUGAAAGAACUUCAGGAUAUAGCCACUCAGAUAGAGAAAAGCCUAUACAUUGUUAGAUCAACGAAGGCUAAGUUAUAUGAAGAUGAGCUAAAGAAACUAGAAGCCAAGGAGAGGGAACUCAAGGACGAGAGAGUCAGGCUCUGUGGAAAGGUAUGAACCAUUUGUCCAAUUUUUUUCUCUUGUCGGCACCAUUUGUCCAAUUUCUAUACCUAUAUGUGCAUAUAUAUAUAGAGUCGUAAAUACGUACAAAUGGAUAAUAGUACUCAUUGUAACUUGAACCCAUUUUCAUUCACAAAAUCAGUUUUUAACUUAUGU